UUCUAUGGUUUUAUCAAUAAACAAAUGUCAUCAGGGUUUAUCUAUUUAUUGCGUGUGCUAAGGCAAUUUCUUUACAUUAAUCGUGUAACCGGUAGAUUACAAAUCUUAUAUUUAUUCUAACUUUAAUUUUUAAAUAAAUGGAGAUUAGAAUUGAAUCUAAAAAUGUGUUAUAACCUAUACAAUGACUACAAGAAAGCGCAGUGGUUCUGGUUCAAAAAGACAGUUAAAGGAAAAAGUUGUGCAGAUCUACGAGUUAUUUUUUCGGGGAGACGACUUAUCAAAGAAUAAUCCAUCAUUUUGGGACGAAUUCUUUUUACUUAAACCGAAAGUAGCGUAUCUCGAAAGUGAGAUACAAAAAUUAACACCGGAUCAAUUAGGUGUUGUUCGAGACAACUUUAAUUUAUUAUUCUGCCAAUGUAUAGAUACACUAAAUCAUGAUCAUAAUAUACGAGUUGUUUAUGCCAUGCAAACACUGUGUGGUUUGGUUUCGUCAGUUUAUAAAAAGGCAACCGCCGAAAGUGGAUUUGAUGUUAUCCACUUACUUAUGGGCUUCCAAGUUGCAGAAGAAAAAAUGCAACAAUUGUUAAACUUUUGUAAUGCCUUUCUAUCAGGUGAUUCCCCGGAAAGUUUGAAAAGGCUGUGCCUGAAGUUGUUAUUAGUAUUUGCCACAGGAACUGAAAAUGUGAGCCAAAAUACGCUACUUGAGUAUGUUAUGUUUACGUCAAUGUUUGAGUGUUUGGUGCAACUGUUAUGUGAUACUCAGUCUCGACAGAUACACGGACACGAUGUUGUUAUUUUACUUACGCUUUUAGUCAACUACAGAAAAUAUGACUCUUCCAAUCCCUAUAUUGUAAAGUUAUCGAUAUUAGAUGACGAAUUAGCAUUAAAUGGAUAUGGCCAAGUUAUUACAGCCGCUUUAAUGGAGUUUUGUCGACAAUUCAAUUUGCAACAUUUGGAGGCACAGAAUGCAUCUUGGUUAUCUUCAUUAACGAACAUGGUUGGGAACAUGUUCAUAUCAGAAGAGGGUGGAGUGCGAACUCAACAGAUUAGGGCGAAUAACGCGUUAUUAUUGGCAUUUUAUGAAGCAAUACAUUUGAAUAGAAAUUUUAUUACAACUUUAGCUCAAAUACAAACGGAUACGAGUUCACCACCAUCUCCAAUUAAUACUUUGAAUGCGUCUCAACCAGUGCCUGACCUUUCUUCUAUUCUGGACAUUAUGGCCCAACCUUCAAAUCUACUGGUUACAUUUUUUCAGUAUUGCUCAAUUGUGAUGCAAGAUACUAAAACGGAAGCUGGUGCCAAUACAGUGAAGUUGUGUCUUCUAAUAUUGAGCUGCAUUGCCGAGGACCAAUACGCAAAUUCAAUUAUGCAUGAUAUUAGUCUUACGUUUAAAGUGCACUUGCAUAAAUUGCCUAUGCGACAUAGAAAACCAUCUACCGAUCGCACUACAUCAUCACAACCAUUAGCUUCAACCUUACUAGAUUUACUUGUGGAAUUUGUUAUGAGUCAUAUGAUGAAGAAACUGCCCAUGGAGCUGUAUCUGUUAUGCCUAGGUGUAAUCCAUCGGAUAUUGUGUUAUCAAAAAAAGUGCCGAAUAAGAAUUAAUUAUCCUUGGAAGGACUUGUGGGCAGCAUUAAUCACUCUCUUACGUUUCCUUGUUCAGCAUGAGAGCAAUCUUUCCAAAAAAAUGAAUAUAUUUGAUUUAUCGUUGCAAGUGACGAACAUUUUCAAUUUAUUUAUUACAUACGGAGAUACAUUUUUACCGACACCUGGUAGUUACGAUGAGUUAUAUUACGAAAUAAUUCGUAUGCACCAGGUGUUUGAUAAUGUGUACUCCAUGGGCUUGAGAUAUGCAACGGGCGAUGGAGAGUUUAAAGACAAUGCCCAGAAAUUAAAUAAUAAUUUGAUAAACAUUCGCGCAAUCAUAAAACAUUUUUCGCCAAAAAUUGAACAAUGGUUAACUUCACAAAGCUUAUCAACUCCGACUGAAGAUCAAAUUUUAGAUGUCGUUAAGAAAAAUUAUGAUAGUCUGACCCUCAAACUUCAAGAUUCUUUGGACCAAUAUGAUAGAUACUCCGAGAAGCCUAAGCAUACAACGUUUUUCAUUAGCAUGUUACGAACUGUUGUAAAUGACACCCGAUUAAAUAUUGAUUUUGCAUCUGUAAAUCUUAAUCUUAUAUUGCAAGAUUUUUCCUCGAUAUCGUGAAUGAAAUUAAUUCCUAGAUGUAAAUUUAAAUUUGUAUACCUAAUUUAGUUUUUGCGGAAUUAUUAUUACAUGAGAGCUUUAAUUUUCAUAAUAAAUAUAUCAUGUAUUUAGAGAUAAA